GAUAUCGAUAAGAUUUAACACAUAAUGAAUUUUGCAAGAAUAUAAAAGCCAACUAAUCGUAAUUUUAAGUAAAAAGUUGUAACACAAACCAAAACUGCGGGUGACUGUAUUCAUUACACAGCUGCUAGUACUUUGUUGUGUGCUGUUGCGUGUGUGUGCGGCUUGCGAAAGUCGUAGAAUUUAUUCCAAAGUCUUAUUGGAACGUAGCUCCGUUUCCAACACAUUCAUCUCGAGCACUGCCAUGGAGGGCGGCGAACUCAACGAUGUCUACGACGACAUGAACCUGUACAUUACCCCAGAGAGCUUUAUUGUGGAGCCAAAUGGCCAGGAGGAGGUAUUGAUUAUCGGCCGUCUCGACAAGGUCACUCGAGUGCAACCAAGAGGCACUCAAUUGGCAAAUCUGCGACCCACUCGACGCAUUUGUGGCAUCUUGGGCACAAUCCACUUGCUCAGCUGUGAUUAUCUGCUAGUGGCUACCCACCGGCUUUUUGUUGGAGUGCUAAACAAUGCGGUAGUGUGGCGACUGGCUGGCUAUGACAUCAUCCCCUACAUUCCCAAUGCCAUUCAAAGAACGGAGAAUGAGACGUAUUUGCAAAUGCUAAGAAAGACCUUGGACACAAAAUAUUACUAUUUCUCCUAUCGAUAUGAUCUGACCCAUAGUUUGCAGAGACAGCGACAAUUGGCCACAGUGCUGCCCAAGAAAGGAUUAUUCCAGAGAGCCGAUCAGAGAUUUGUGUGGAAUGGUUAUGCUCUUGAUCAAUUUAAGUGCGAAAACAUGCAGAAAUUCCAAUUGCCACUGAUUUUGGGAUUUGUAUCUGUCAAUCAGGUGCUGAUCAAUGGACAGACAUUCUUCUGGACCUUAGUGACUAGAAGAUCUGUACAAAGGGCAGGGACAAGACUCUUCUGUCGUGGCGCCAACGAUCAGGGGCAUGUAGCCAACUUUGUAGAGACGGAACAAAUUGUGGAGUUUAACGGUCAGAGGACUAGCUUUGUUCAGACCCGUGGCAGCAUGCCCUUCCACUGGCAGCAGCUGCCCAAUUUGAGAUAUAAGCCCCGUCCCCGCCUCAUUCCCGGUAAGGAUCAUUUGGCUGCCUGCACUGCCCAUUUCAAUGCUCAGCUAGAGCUAUAUGGCGAACAGGUAGCUGUCAAUUUGGUCGAUCAAAAGGGUGCCGAGGCAGAAUUAGAAGCGACAUAUGCACGCCUUGUCCGAGAAUUGGGAAAUCAGUCUGUUCGCUAUGAGGCAUUCGAUUUUCAUCAUGAAUGCCGAAAGAUGCGGUGGGAUCGGUUGAAUAUACUUAUCGAUCGAUUGGCCCACGAGCAAGAUCAAUUUGGUUUCUUCCAUUCCUUUGAUGACGGCAACUUGGUGUCAACUCAAACUGGCGUAUUCCGGACGAAUUGCAUCGAUUGCCUGGACAGGACAAAUGUGGUUCAAAGCAUGCUGGCGCGUCGUUCCCUUACUUCUGUUUUGCAAAAACUGGGUGUCCUCCAUGUGGGGCAACGGGUUGAGCAUGCAUCAGCUGGAUUUGAGAGUCUCUUUAAGGGAGUUUGGGCAGACAAUGCCGAUUUGGUUUCACUGCAAUAUUCCGGCACUGGUGCCCUAAAAACCGAUUUCACGCGCACUGGUAAACGAACCAAGGCCGGAGCAUUGCAAGAUGGUAAAAAUUCUCUGAUGCGCUACUAUCUGAAUAAUUUUGCCGAUGGCCAGCGUCAAGAUGGCAUUGAUUUAUUCCUUGGACGUUACUUAAUCAAUGAUAAUGAAGGCGGCGUUUUACCAUCGCCAUUGGAAUCACCUCAUGGAUGGCGUUAUUUCGCCUUCCCAUCAGUUCUACUGAUUGCCAUGGCCAUGUUUGUUAUUACUAUGACAUAUCCGGCGGAAUUCAAUACGGAGAAUCUACUCUUUAUGCUAUUCUGGGGUGCAAUGAUAGCGGUCAGUGCCACUGGCAUUCUGCACUAUGGCAUUGAGUUUGUUCAAUGGCCGCGGCUUUUUCCGCCUAUUACAUUUCAUGCCGCCUGACGUUAGUGUUGUCUGACAAAGGAUAGAGUCUACCUCUGCACGCUUCCACACACACACACACACGCCCACACACACACACAGAGAUCCUGUAAAGAAAUUCCUGUAAACGAUGCUUUUUUACUACUUCCAAUUUGUUUGUUUUUUUUUUGUGUCUUGUUUGUUUUAUAUAUAUUUGAGGUUUUUUUUGCGUCGAAAGCAUUUUAUUAGAUAACUAAAUUGCUGGACUAUAUAAACAAUCCGCAUAUAUAUUUAUAUAUUCUAAGAGGCCGCUUUCAAUUAAUAUACAACAAUAUAUAAUAAUAAUAAUAACAUAAUUAGCCAGGUAGCUCAAUCAAUUUUGUAGAACCAUUUAUGAUGUUGAAAUAAAGAAUUUUACGCAUUGCUAGAAA